UUCUCAUGCAGAAUAGACCCAACUCACAAACUCGAAAACACUCUCCAAUGGCUAAUAAUCGCAAACUCUUCUCUUUAGCUCUCUGUUUCUUUCUAGGGUUAGGGCUAUGCUCCGCAAGACGAGCCCUUCUCUCCACCGUCGAUGCUGACGCCGGAAUCACCGGAUACGGCAGCGGAGAAGACGAGAAAAUUGGUGUGGGUAUCGGUGUUGGUGCCGGCGUUGGUAUCGGAAUUGGCGGAGGAGGCGGCGGCGGUCACGGCGGAGGCGGCGGUGCCGCUGGUGGAGGCUCUGGGUACGGUGGCGGUGCUGGUGAAGGAGGUGGAGCAGGAUACGGCGGAGGAGAAGCUGCCGGGCAUGGCGGUGGCGGUGGCGGCGGUGGAGGAAGCGGAGGAGGAGGAGGCGGUGGAGCUGGCGGUGCGCAUGGCGGUGGAUAUGGAGGCGGAGAAGGUGGAGGUUCCGGCGGAGGGUACGGUGCCGGAGGUGCCGGCGGACAUGGCGGUGGUGGCGGUGGUGGAAGUGGAGGAGGCGGUGGUGGCGGAGCUGGUGGAGCCCACGGUGGAGGAUACGGCGGUGGUGAAGGCGGAGGCUCCGGCGGAGGGUACGGUGCUGGAGGUGCAGGUGGAAAAGGCGGUGGCGGGGGUGGUGGAAGUGGAGGAGGCGGAGGCGGAGGUGCCGGAGGGGGAGCUCACGGUGGUGGUUACGGGAGCGGCGGCGGUGCUGGAGAAGGAUACGGCGGAGGAGCUGGCGGGCACGGCGGCGGCGGUGGUAGCGGAUCCGGAGGAGGAGGCGGUGGAGGCUACGGUGCCGGAGCUGCUCACGGUGCCGGCUAUGGCGGAGGAGCUGGCAGCGGCAGUGGAGGAGGUGGUGGUUAUGCACCAUGAGAUCAUAAAUGGAUCCAUAUACACACACGUACCACGAGGCGACGUACGAGUGCAUGGACCGUCUUUAAGAUAUAUAUAAUGAUUGUGUUGCUAUAUAUAACUAAUCCGGGGAAGAAAAUAAGCCGAAAAAAAAUGGCUGUUUAUGUCUAAAAAUUGCGUACUAAUACUGUAAGAAGCUUCGUGCUUUUAUAAUGGUAUAUGGAAUGAAUUAAUGUUCCUGUUAUAUAAACUCAUA